CCGGUUACUGAUCGGACUUAAGUUCCAGUGGUAACUCAUAAAUCAAGUUAAAAUGUCUCCAGAAAUUGCCUUGAACCGAAUUUCUCCAAUGCUCUCCCCAUUCAUAUCAAGCGUGGUCCGAAAUGGGAAGAUCCAUGAAAAAGGGCCGUCACAGAAGCUUUCAUUCAAGUCCUGCUCUUAUCAUCUGCCGAUGUGUGCCUGUAAUGAAUGGUAUGGUGUGCCAGAUCUAGAGAAAGCAUCGUACCUUUGGAGAAAGAAAGAAAACCAUCUGCCACUAGAAAAAGGCCAAAACUGUACAUCAUUGACUCCUGGACCCAACUGUGACCGCUUCAAACUGCACAUCCCGUACGCUGGGGAGACGUUAAAAUGGGACAUAAUUUUCAAUGCUCAGUACCCAGAGCUGCCUCCUGAUUUCAUCUUUGGAGAGGAUGCUGAGUUUCUGCCAGACCCCUCUGCGCUGCACAACCUUGCCUCCUGGAACCCUUCAAACCCUGAGUGCCUGUUGCUCGUGGUGAAGGAGCUGGUGCAGCAGUACCACCAGUUCCAGUGCGGCCGCCUCCGUGAGAGCUCGCGCCUCAUGUUUGAGUACCAGACGCUCCUGGAAGAGCCUCAGUAUGGAGAGAACAUGGAAAUUUAUGCUGGAAAGAAAAACAACUGGACUGGUGAAUUUUCAGCUCGUUUUCUAUUGAAGUUACCAGUAGAUUUCAGCAACAUUCCCACAUACCUUCUCAAGGAUGUAAAUGAAGACCCUGGAGAAGAUGUGGCCCUUCUUUCUGUCAGUUUUGAGGAUACUGAAGCUACCCAGGUGUACCCCAAGUUGUACUUGUCACCCCGAAUUGAGCAUGCACUCGGAGGCUCCUCUGCUCUUCACAUCCCUGCUUUCCCCGGAGGAGGAUGUCUCAUUGAUUAUGUGCCUCAAGUGUGCCACCUGCUCACCAACAAGGUACAGUAUGUGAUUCAAGGCUAUCACAAAAGAAGAGAGUACAUCGCAGCUUUCCUCAGUCACUUUGGCACAGGUGUCGUGGAAUAUGAUGCAGAAGGCUUCACAAAACUUACUCUGCUGCUGAUGUGGAAAGACUUUUGUUUUCUUGUCCACAUUGACCUGCCCCUGUUUUUCCCUCGAGAUCAGCCUACGCUCACAUUUCAGUCAGUCUAUCACUUUACCAACAGUGGACAGCUUUACUCCCAAGCACAAAAAAACUACCCAUACAGCCCCAGAUGGGAUGGAAAUGAAAUGGCCAAGAGAGCAAAGGCUUAUUUCAAAACCUUUGUCCCUCAGUUCCAGGAGGCCGCAUUUGCCAAUGGAAAGCUCUAGGAAACACCAGUGCUGAGAGGCGGCCAACCAGACUGCUCAGUCCACAUGCGUGUCAGCGCUCGGGCUGCUUGCUGGAAACUGCUCGGAAUGUCUUC